UGGCGACUGCCGAAUGGUUUAUCAUUAUGACGGUUGCUGUAAUAACCGUAUCGGGUGAACCAGAUCCAUGUUUAACAUCAUCUAUAUGGACUGAUGGAGAUGGUAGAAGUAUUAAUUGUCAUGUAAAUUAUGAUAAAUGUGACAGAUAUAUGGAACCAGGAUGGCAUCGUGUUCAAUCAGAAUCUGGUCAAAAUCUCACCAUGCCCACUUUUCCUGUACCAGUAUAUAGUUGUGGUACCAAGUAUCCUAUAUGGUUAAAAGGAGAUCAUCCAAGUUUAUCAGAUGAUAUUGUUGACCGUGUUGCUUGUGUAACAUCUUUAUCCUCGACCUGUCACGUCUCCUACCAAAUAAGGAUCAAGAAUUGUCAAGAUUUUAUGGCUUAUUACCUGGUAAAAGCUAAAGGAUGCAACGAACGAUAUUGUUUUGGUAAUGCUGAAAGCUGUCCACAGCCAACAACCCAGGUACCAACUUCACUUUCUACAGAAGUCCAAGUUACAGACACGGGAGUUACAGGUGAACCAGACCCGUGUUUAACAUCAUCAGUAUGGAAUGACGGAGAUGGUAGAAGUAUUAAUUGUCAUGUGAAUUAUGAUAAAUGUGACAGAUAUAUGGAACCAGGAUGGUAUCGUGUUCAAUCAGAAUCUGGUGAAAAUCUCACCAUGCCCACUUCUCCUGUACCAGUAUAUAGUUGUGGUACCAAGUAUCCUAUAUGGUUAAAUGGAGAUCAUCCAAGUUUAUCAGAUGAUAUUGUUGACCGUGUUGCAUGUGUAACUUAUUACAACUCGACCUGUCAUGCCUCCUACCAAAUAAGGAUCAAGAAUUGUCAAGAUUUUAUGGCUUAUUACCUGGUAAAAGCUAAAGGAUGCAACGAACGAUAUUGUUUUGGAGACACCUAUGAAUGUAAGACAACGCCAAAAUCAACAACAUGGCCUAUAACAACAAAUACUGGUCCAUUCGAUGAAUCAGCUACCUUUCGGGGUUCAUACAAAGUUAGACCAGACCCUGUGCUGUAUAUUGCAAUGGCUGUUGUGGUGAUAUUCCUAAUCGGUUUUGCUGUGGCCAUUUUGCUAUACAUCAAAAAGUGCAGGUACGUACUAUGUAUUUUUUAUUCAUAUUCAUGA